AUGCUGAAGUACAAUCCAAAUGAGCACGGCAGGUGGAGUCGUGUGUGCACGGAGCACCUGCUGCGCAGCGCGGGCCCGGCGCCGGCGCGCCGCUACGGGCACGUGAUGGUGCACCACGCGCGCCACCUGUACGUGUUCGGCGGCGCCGCCGACAGCACGCUGCCCUCCGACCUGCACUGCUACGACCUGGACACGCAGAUGUGGUCGGUGGUAAACCCAGCUCCUGACUCACAGAUCCCGUCAGGUCGCUUGUUCCAUGCGGGUGCGGUGAUGGGUGACGCUUUGUACAUCUUUGGUGGUACUGUCGACAAUAAUGUCAGAAGUGGCGACCUCUAUCGCUUCCAGCUAUCGAACUUCCCGCGGUGCACGCUGCACGACGACUUCGGGCGCAUCCUCAAGUCGCAGCAGUUCUGCGACGUGACGCUGCUGGUGGGCGCCGACCAGACCGCCGUGUUCGCGCACCAGGCGAUGCUCGCCGCGCGCAGCCAGUACUUGCGGGCUAAGAUCAAGGAAGCACGUGAAGAACUAGCAAAACGUAUAGCAGCUGGCGAGGAAGAAGCAGAAGCAGAAUUUUCGUACAAAUCUCGUCCUCAGCUCACGGUCAUAUUGCCAGAGGCCACGCCGGAAGCGUUUCGCAUGGUGCUCAAUUACAUCUACACAGAUCGGAUUGAUCCUACUGAAAAGGACGAGGACCCCGCGUCCCCAGCGACGAUCCUGCUGGUGAUGGAGGUGCUACGGCUCGCGCUGCGGCUGAGCAUCCCGCGGCUACGCGGCCUGUGCGCGCGCUACCUGCGCGCCAACCUGUGCUACGGGAACGUGCUGCCCGCGCUACACGCCGCGCACCAGGCGGGCUUGCAUUGUAUCAAGGAGNAAUGCAUCGUCAGGUUCGUGGUUAAAGAGUACAACUUCACGCCGAUCGUGAUGUCCGCGGAGUUUGAGCGCAUGGAGCAGCAGCUGAUGGUGGAGGUGAUCCGCCGCCGCCAGCAGCCGCCCAGCAAGAACCCCGCCGCCGCGCAACAUGACGCUGACGAUGAGAUUAUUGGCACGACACUCGAGCAGGACAUGUGCGUGUUCGUGUCGGGCGGCGGCGCGGAGCUGGCGGACGUGAAGCUGCGCGUGGGCGGCGGCGCGCGGCCCGCGCACCGCUCGAUACUCGCCGCGCGCGCCGCCUACUUCGAGGCGAUGUUCCGCUCCUUCUCGCCGCACGACAAUAUUGUCAAUAUUCAAAUCUGUGACACGGUCCCCUCUGAGGAGGCAUUCGACUCGCUGCUGCGUUACAUCUACUACGGUGACACCAACAUGCCCACAGAAGACUCGCUGUAUCUCUUCCAAGCACCUAUAUAUUAUGGAUUCACAAACAACCGCCUGCAAGUGUUCUGCAAGCACAAUCUGCAGAGCAACGUGUCGCCUGAGAAUGUUCUAGCAAUUCUGCAGGCGGCGGACCGAAUGCGAGCCGCUGAUAUCAAGGAGUACGCUUUGAAGAUGAUCGUGCACCACUUUGAAUUGGUGGCACAUCAAGAUGCGAUCAGGAACUUGGCACAGCCCUUACUAGUAGACAUCAUCUGGGCGCUAGCGGAAGAGCCUCGCCACGACACCCCCCUCCCCCUCCAACCUCGCUCCCUCCCCUCCUCCUCCUCCGCUGAUACUCUCGUUGAGGACACUGAGUACAGCCGCCAUAGGAGCACCAAGUAGUAUGAGAAUGGUACUGGUGUAAUAACUCCUUUUUUCCUGGCAGCGUGUCUAGAAUUGGCCAAGUGGAUGAUUGCUAUAGUAAGUAACUCCCUUUCUCCUCCUCUGACACCAUCGCGAACCCCGGGUAAAUCGGCAAUUAGAACACUUGUAGUACGAAAAUGAUUCUGGUAGGAUAUUUCAAUUACCGGUGUCCAGAAGUUGUCAAGAAGUUGAUGAUUGCUAAAUUCAAUUAUUAUAAAGUAGAUUGAAGCCUCUCUUGUAUUCCGGUAGCUUCUUCGUAGUCAGUGUUAAACUUUACGUGAGAAACGACUAGGUACAGGAGUAAAUUCAAGUCGAUUUUCGCGUGAUCUAAAAUAUCAUUCUAUGUACCUCGAAAUGAUAGAUAUAUAGAGCAUAUACAUAUAUUGCCUAGUUACUUGCAGUAAAAGAUUCCUUCUUAUGAAAUAUUAUUAAAGACUUAAUGUUUCAGCUAUAGAGUUGUUUAUGUACAAGGAAUAAAAAUAUCAUAAAUUACUUGUUUUCCCCUACUGCAAGUAGUUUAACAUCUCUCUAACUAAUGUACCAAGAAACUAAUACAAGGUUUCAAAAUUGUAUCCUUUAUCACUCUGUAGCUGUAAUGUUUGGUGAAAAUCUAAACUAGUGUAUAUUAUAAUAUAAUUCGUCUAUGAAUACAAAUUUCAUUACUUACAUACUCAAAAUGCAUCCAAUAUUGUAAUAAAGUACCAUUUCUAUGACAGUAUUGCAUCCAAUAAAGAACCCCUUAA